GGCCACCUGGCUCAGGUGAGGCGGAAGUGGCGGCGGGGCCAUGAACGGGAUCCCGGGCUGGGCCGCGCUCACGGAAUUCCCGCAGGAGCUGAGCAUGAGGCGCCCCACGGAAUUCCCAGAAUUUCCCUGCCUGGAAAAUUCCCCCGGAUCCCCCGAAGAUUCCGGAGGAGGCUCCGGAUCCGCCUGGAAUCCGGAGGGUGCCGGGCCGGUGCUGAGGCUGCGCCUGCCCCGAGACCCCCCCGGGGACCCCCGGCCCAAACAGAAGCCGGUGGGAAGAGCCUUCGCCAUGGUGGCCAAGAGAUCCGACGGGAAUUCCUUGGCCUCGGAAUGCGUCAAAUCCAAGGAUGGCGACGAGGAGAUCAUCAAGGUUUAUCUCAAGGCUCGCGCCGAGCACGAGGAGCCGGUGACGCAACUCAGGAGCGAAGUGCGGCACAUCCAGGAGGCUGGGAGCGCCCUCAAAAAACUCCGGGAAGAUUUGAGCACCAAACUCCAAACCCGGACGGAAUUUCGGGAAUUUGGGGAAUUUUGGGAAUUCCAGGAGAGCUCCGAGGUGGGGCUGGAGAAACGAAACCAGAGCUGCUCCUGCCGGGGAAAUUCCCAGGAAAACCCGGAGGAUCCCGAGGAUCCGCAGCUCCUGCGGAGGCUCCAGGAGGCGGAAAAGCGGCACCAGCGGGAGUGGAGCGGCCUGGAGAGGGCGCUGCUGCGGAGCCGGGAGGACGCCGAGCGGGCGAAUUCCGCGCGCGGCCGCGCGGAGACGGAGGCGGAGCAGCUCCGGAGGCUCCUGGCGGACAUGGAGAAGGAUCACCGGGAUCUGCUGGCGCGGAUGGAGUCGGGCCAGGCGGAGCUGGAGCGGCUCCGGAAGGAGGAAGGGGAGAGAGCAGCACAGCAGGAGCGCUCAUCCCAGCUGGAGAAGGAGGUGGCAGCGCUCCGGGAGAAAAUCCAUCACCUGGACGACAUGCUGAAGAGCCAGCAGCGCAAAGUCCGCCAGAUGAUCGAGCAGCUGCAGAAUUCCAAGAGCGUGAUCCAGGCCAAGGACGCUGCGAUCCAGGAGCUGAAGGAAAGAGUUUCCUACCUGGAAGCAGAGAAUCUGGAGAUGCACGACCGGAUCGAGCACCUGAUCGAGAAACAAGUGAGCCGGGGCGGGAGCAGCGCCCGCGCGCGCUCCAAGUCGGAAUACGUCAGCAGCAAACGCCUCCCGGGCCCCAAGCCGCUGCCCCUGAUCCGAGUGGUGGAAACCUGAAUUUCGGGAUCCGGGCCCAGCCGGAUCCUUCCCCUUCGGAAAGAUCAGAAUUCCCAGCUGGACUCAGAGCCCUUCCCGAGGGAAGAGGUUUGGGAUUACCAUGGGCACGAUUCCAGGUCGGAAUCUGGAAUUUUUCCCCCUUUUUUCCCCAGCGAUUUUCCGGCUCUCGCCAUCCCUGUGUGGAUUCCAGAGGUUUUUUCCCAACCGAAUUUAGGACUUCACAUUGGUUUUUUUUUUUUUUUUUUUUUUUUUGGAGGAGUUUCCAAAUCAAAAUUUCGGCUUUUGAUUUUUUUUUUUUUUUUUUUUCCCUGAAGAAAAAUCCCAAAAAAAUCUGGGAGCCGCCAUCUCCGACCUCCAGCACCACACUUGGACUUGGAAAAUGCUCUCCCAACCCUAAAAAUUCCAUGUUUUUCCUGCAGAAUCCUGUGGUUUUUCUCACAGAAUUCCAUGCUUUUCCUGCAGAAUUCCAUGCUUUCCCUGCCCCCCAAUGAUUAUUGUUGGAAUUCCCGCGAUUUUGGGAUUUUAUUCCCUGUAUUUAUUUCCCUAAAUUAUCAGAGUCUCCCGGUGAGGUGGGGGAUGGGCACAGGCCAGAAUUCCUGGGAAUUUUGGCCCAGGACUGCCCCAAUCCCACGUUUGACCCCAGAGGCUCCAACCGGGAUCCCUUGGGAUUCCCUUGGAAUUUUUUAAUUCCUGGUUUUCUUAUUAAAAAUAAAAAAUUCUGUCUGCUUUAAA